AUGGACUUUGGCAACUCACAAGAGCCUCCGAUAAAGAAGCGGCGGUUCUUCAGUGAUGCAGACGACUUUCCAGAUCCGAUCCUGAGUCCAAACGCCAACUCGAGAGUCAAGACAGAAAACGGCGCCGACGCCACGCCUCCGGAAAAUGCCAUCUCUUCGACCGCCAGCCACGACUCUAACGGCCCGUCUAGCGACGGAACUGUUUCAUUCGACGUCGACACGUUCGAAGCCUUUGUUGGCGACAAGGUGGCCGACGAUGUACUCGCCGUUCUGCGCCAACAGAGCAACAAUAACCUUGAACGUGCUGUGAAUAUGUACUUGGACGGCGCGUACAAGAAGUUUAUGAAGCCAUUGGGAAUUCAAUCAUCACUCUCGAGAACACCGACUCCGACUAUACCGAAAACGGCGCCACCAGCCACACUUCACAGCAUACCUAAUGCACGCUACAUUGGGGCAUUCGGUGUCGAGGGCUGGGCGACGAGAAGCGGCACAAAUAUAUUAAAGCAUGGCGACACUGUCAAGAUUGAGCGGCAAAAGAUCAAACCGCCGGCGCCUCCAAAAACCAAGGCAAAGUUAGGCGUUCCGGUCACUCCGGUGCGAAACAAUACGGCGGCCUCGCGUCGAGUUGACGUCAUCGUACGCUUCACGAAUGAUAGUGGUAUGGAAAUCGGGCGGCUUGCCAAGGAUACGGCAAACUGGGUGUCAACACUCAUUGAUCAGAAAAUUUGCAAAUUUGAAGGAAGCGUCGUCUACGCGCCAGACAGAUUACGGACAAACGACACAAUAUUCCUUCAGCUCAAAUGCUUUCUGCUUAACUCUGCCUUUUAUAAUCGCGGCUUUCAGCUUGCCGAUGAUCGUCCACAGGCAUUUUUCGAGCAGACAGAAACCACAGAUGAAAAGAACCUACGUCUGCGACAAGUGGCGCUCGUCAGACUCUUUCAGGAGAUUGGCCUACAGCCGACUGUGGCCAACGCGGCCGCUCAAGACGGUCGCCAAGGCCUAUUGAAAGCGGCAGAGAUGGACGAAGAGAAACAAGCUGAGCAGAAAAAGCUCAGUGCUACCAAGGGUUCAGACUCGCCGGCGUCAGAUGAUGCUGAGGAGGGCAAAGAACUCGAGCAAGGCCAACUUGACGCCCUAUAUAAAAAGGCACAGUCCUUUGACUUUGGUACGCCAGAAGCAGAGCCGGCUGAUACUUUCAACAUGAUGCUCCGCCCAUACCAGAAGCAAUCUCUGCACUGGAUGAUAGCCAAGGAAAAGGACACGCGCAGCAACAGGAAACCGUCCAUGCAUCCACUUUGGGAAGAAUACGUUUGGCCUGUUAAGGACCACGACGACAAAGAUUUGCCCGCGGUAAGCGAAAUUACGAAGUUUUACGUCAACCCGUACUCUGGCGAUCUGUCACUGGAAUUUCCUGUCCAAGAGCAACACUGCUUGGGCGGUGUCCUCGCCGACGAAAUGGGUCUCGGGAAAACAAUUCAGAUGCUCAGUCUGGUGCACUCCCACAAGUCAGAGGUUGCACGCCAAGCGCGCGCUUCUCAUGGAGGCAUUGCGACGGUAAAUCAGCUUCAGCGCCUCGGUUCUUCUUCUGCCGUCAUGGUGGACGCACCGUGCACUACACUGGUGGUCGCCCCUAUGUCUUUGCUAUCACAAUGGCAGAGUGAAGCUGAAAAAGCUUCAAAAGAAGGCACCAUCAAGAUUGAGCUUUACUACGGCAACGAAAAGACGAAUAACCUGCAAGCACUGUGCAGCAGUUCCAAUGCGUCAAUGGCGCCAGAUGUGGUCAUUACCAGUUACGGCGUCAUUCUAUCUGAAUUCAGCGCCAUUGCCGCGAAGAAUGGUGACAAGAGUUUCCAUAAUGGCAUAUUUUCACUGAACUUCUUCCGCAUCAUACUCGAUGAGGCGCAUCACAUUAAAAACCGAUCGUCCAAAACCGCGAGGGCCUGCUAUGAGAUUUCUUCAACACAUCGCUGGGUACUAACUGGCACACCCAUCGUGAAUAAGCUAGAGGACUUGUUCAGUCUGGUACGGUUCCUUGGUGUCGAGCCGUGGAACAACUUUUCGUUUUGGAAAACCUUUAUUACUGUACCGUUUGAGUCUGGCGAUUUUGUCCGGGCGCUCAACGUCGUGCAGACUGUGCUGGAGCCGCUGGUCAUGCGCCGCACGAAGGACAUGAAGACGCCAGACGGGCAGCCAUUGGUACCAUUGCCGCCCAAACAAGUUGACGUAGUGGAAGUCGAACUCUCUAAAACGGAGAGAGACGUCUACGAUUACAUUUUUAACCGAGCGAAACGAACAUUCAACAAGAACAUGGAGGCCGGAACGGUCAUGAAAGCCUUUACCACUAUUUUCGCCCAGAUUCUACGCCUGCGACAAUCUUGCUGCCAUCCGAUUCUGGUGCGAAACAAGGACAUCGUGGCGGAUGAGGAAGUAGCCGGCGCCGCAGCAGACGCCAACACGGGAUUUGCCGACGACAUGGAUCUGGAGAAUCUCAUCCAGCACUUCACCGCCGUCGUCGACGAAGCGUCCAAGGACAACCAGGCCUAUGGCGUCAACGCGCUGAGCGAGAUCCGCGACGAGUCGGACAAGGAGUGCCCGUUUUGCUUCGAGGAGCCCAUGAACGACCAGACCGUCACGGGGUGCUGGCACUCUGCGUGCAAAAAUUGCCUCGUCGACUUUAUGACGCACGAGACGGACCGCGGCGUGGUGCCCAAGUGCUUCAGCUGCCGCGCGCCGCUCAGCGCGCGCGACCUCUUCGAAGUCGUCCGCCACGACGACGAGGUCGACCCCUCGACCGGCAAGCCGCGCAUCAGCCUCCAGCGCCUCGGCAUGACGUCCUCGUCUUCCAAAAUCGCCGCCCUCAUCAGCGAGCUGCGCCGUCUGCGCAAAGACCACCCGGCCAUGAAGUCCGUCGUCUUUUCGCAGUUUACCUCGUUUCUCAGCCUCAUCGAGCCGGCCCUCACCCGCGCCAACGUCAAGUUCCUGCGUCUCGACGGCAGCAUGGCGCAAAAGGCGCGCGCGGCGGUCCUGAACGAGUUUACGGAGAGAAAGGGCUUCAUGGUGCUGCUCAUCAGCCUCCGCGCCGGCGGCGUCGGGCUCAACCUGACGAGCGCGGGGCGCGUCUUCAUGAUGGACCCGUGGUGGAGCUUCGCGGUCGAGGCGCAGGCGAUUGAUCGCGUGCACCGCCUGGGCCAGGAGGACGCGGUGCAGGUGAAACGCUUCAUUGUCAAGGAGAGCGUCGAGGAGAGGAUGCUGAGGAUCCAGGAGAGGAAGAAGUUUAUCGCGACGUCGCUGGGCAUGAUGAGUGAUGAAGAGAAGAAGGUGCAGCGGAUAGAGGAUAUCAAGGAGCUGCUGAGUUAA